AUGGCAUGUGUUGUAUGGUCAAGGAAAAGAAAAGUAUCUUCCCAAGUAAAAAAAGCCCCACAGCCACCAAGAAAAGAAACCCCUUGCACAUAUAAUGAAGCAUCAUAUGAUCGAUCAAUCAUCAAGAUUUCAUCGAAAACAUAUCAUAAUGAUCUUCGCUACUGCAGUGCUGUUGUCGAUCUCCCUGCAGCAGCUCGAGCCGUAGAAGAAGUGGUUGUGGAUACAUGUGAAUGGCAUCGAUUGUGA